CUAUACAUGUUAUGAGCUUACAAGAGUCAGCUAGAUCCAGAUUGGCACUGCAAAGCAAAGGGGCUUUACUAAACCAACUAUGAAAGAAACUUCUGCAAUUUUUUCACACCAUCUGCCUUUGAAAUAUUUCAGAGCUCGGGCCAAAUGUCUGGAAGCAUAGCUUUAUAACUGGCACAAACUAAAUAAUUUAGUACUGUGUGACAUAUGAAGAAAGCUGACAAAAAUGAACACAGAGGUUCAUAUUGAAAUAUUUAUUCAUAAUGCUUCUGUUCAGCCAGUUCACGCUGUGAUUUAUUUUUCUAAUUCACACUCCUGCUAAGUUCGAGAAUGACUCCUUCAUCAUGUAGUUGAUUCCUAUCUGGGAUAUGAUUUAUUUCAUUUUCAUAGAAAUAUGAAUCUGUUUUAGGCUGUUAGAUCUCAAGCUGACUUCCUGUGUGCACAGUGCAAUCUGGCGCCUUACAUUUGUUUGCACUGCAGAUGCCUCAGGGAUUUUAGAUGUGAUGUGGUCUGACAAGGGUGUGCAUCUCUCUCUCUCUCUGUGUGUGUGUGUGUGUGUGUGUGUGUGUGUGUGUGUGUGUGUGUGUUUGCUUUUGUCAUUGUGUAGACGAAGACUGAGGACUAUUCUGAGGACACAAGGCCAUAACCAGAGUGAGAAACUUAAUCCAUCACAACAAACCAUGAAGAGGAUCUGAUUGCUUUAUAUGGUUAGAAAACACAGUACAAAGCCAGGAUGAAUGUGAAAAGGAAGGAAAUGGAUUUCUUGAGCAACACUAUUGCUGCUUAUGCUCACAUUAAAGCCAAUCCAGAGAGUUUUGGCCUUUACUUUGUCAUCGGCGUUUGUUUUGGCCUGGUGCUCACUCUCUGCCUCCUGGUCAUUCGGAUUUCCUGCAAGCCUCGGACCACUACAGCACCCCCCAUGCCAGAGAAAAAACAGCUGAAAGACUUUAGUGAGGAGGAGGAGGAAGACGAGGACAGCGAUGAUGAGGAAGAGGAAGAUGCAGGAGGCCUGGACUCCUCCAUCCGGCACAGCACCACAGAGAUCCCAAUGAGCAACCAUCUCAUCACGCCGGAUGGGACACUGAGCAGGAACGUGUUCACCUCAGCUGAGGAGCUGGAGCGGGCACAGCGAUUGGAGGAAAGGGAGAGGAUCAUCAGGGAAAUCUGGAGAAAUGGACAGCCGGACAUCCUGGGAACAGGGACAGGCACUAUUGGAAGAGUGCACUACUACUAACACUCCUGGACAUUUCACUGGCUGAGUGCAGUUCUUUGAAAGGCUGUUGAUAGACACCAUUCACAAUUUUUUAUGUAUUGAUGUUAUUGUAAUCUUACAGACCACGGGUACAACUGUUCUGUAUGCAACAUUUGUACCGGGCAAGUUGCUAUCAGUCCCUAAGUCAUGGUGCUUAUUGAAAAUCAUUCUAAAGCACAAUCUUAGACUUUGACGUUUAAAAAGUAUUUGUAUAUUGUAGGUGAUUAUUAGAAGCUCACUGAAAGCAAAUGCACUUUUGCACCAUGCUAUUUGUGUGUAGAUUUUUUUACCAAUAUUUUUUUGUACUUUUUUAAAGUCCUCUAUCGUGUCAAAU